CAGUAAAUACAGUGAAUGGUGGAUUGUAUCCUUCUUGACAGAUAAAACAGCCUGCAUAAGCACCCAGAAAUAUUUUCUUUUCAUAUCUAUCCAGGCCAAUGAAUGUGAUUUAUGAGCGUGAUCUUGUGGAGCUCUUUUACUGAUGCAGGUGUUAAAUUGCACAGUUACCAAAAGCAAUCAAGGAGCACUUUUUUUUUAUUAUCAAGGUUCUACCAGAUAGAAAGUAACAGCCAAUAUUACAUUGGUUGCUACGGGUAAAUAAAUGGUUGCUUUUUAUCAUCUGUGUUAGUAAAUGAGCAUCGCUAUUUCCACUUGCAUUUCCCAUUGAAGUUUUACCACACUGCAACUUCGGUGCAUGGAAGCACAUUUGAUUUUACUUUCAGAAACUGAAUCUGAUUGGGAAGAAGCUUAUGGGUACAAUUGCUUGGCACCAGUGUAGACUGUUGGAUUGGAUUUAAGGGUAUAACUGUCUACAGUGCAGUGGAACUUAUGCCCACAGCCUUCAUCAGACUUAAGUAUAUUGUUUCACUUUCUGAUAUAUUGUGGAUACAGGGGGCCCACACAUUUAUUGGAGCCCUUUAAAGGCUUUUUCCUGUUUCAUAUAUAACAGAUGCUUCAAAGCCACUUGCCGAGAAAACAAAGACCUAAGAGUUUGGGGGGGGGGGGGUUUCCGUAUAUUUGAAUCAGGUGAUGUUUUGAAAGUUAUAUUGGUAUAUCAUUCAUAUAUACAACUAUUUGUGUAACUAAUUUGUAGGGCAGAAGCUUUCAGGCUUCUAGGGUUGAAGCCCCAUUCUGUCACCAUAUUAUACUUUUGUAAAUACCAAAGAAGACUGUAAAUAAGUACUCAUCCCCAAAUCUUAAAUCAGCUGCCUUUAGUCUGGACCCUUCCAUGGAAUGCUUUGAGGCACACUAUGGCAGCAUACCGUGCGUUUUCUACCAUCAGUCAGUAUGCGCACCACAUGGCCUCUCCAAAAUAAUGAGUGCACUCUUCUCUGCUGCAUUUACAGUCACAGGUUCCUCAGUGUUACAGCAUAAAUGCUGAGUUUAGCUACUGCAGUGUCCUCUUAUGUUAGACUUACAUAAUAUUUCAAAAAUGUAAAUAUUUGUCAAUGUAAUGAACUUUGCAGAAGCUGGAAGAUGUCAUUCCUAUAGCACGGAGGAGCAGGUUACAUUCUUGCCCUAGUCUGGGGUGGGUUGCCCAAAGCUGGUGCAAACUCUGAUGAGGAACAGGUUAAAUUGUUUCUGAUUUCUUUCUCUAUUUCUCUCCUCCUUCUCUUCUAUUACAAGGAGGGGAAAGGGAGGGGACAGAAGAGUAGCUAAAGAUCAAAAAUAAACCUCUCAGGGGGUGGGGAAUAGCGUGUGUAUAUAUAUGUGAGGAGCUACCACAGGCAACCCUGAUGCUUCCACUCUGUGAGAAGUAAAAGGAAGGAAUCAGGAGAGGGGUGGGAGUUGGACUGGUGAUUAGCAGAUAGAAUCUCCCAUACGGGCUGGAGAGUGUGCUUUCUCUAUGGGACUGACCCUCUGCAGUGACUCGCACGCUAUUAGAGGGGACUUAUCACAUUUUGCUCCACUGCUUGCCUCUGGUUGCUGCGUCUUUAGAUUGCUGUUUAGGUGCGAGGGUGCCUUGUGUUUGUUGGAAUGCUCCAUAUUGCUGCCAGUAUCCGAAUGCUAAUUUGUAUUUUAUUUACUCUGCAUUACAUAAUUUAUUGCAUUGCAGUUUGUGUUUCUGGUGAAUCGGGAGGUUCUUCCACUCAGAUUUAUGUAAGACAUUUUGGGUUAAUUUGUCUUUCAGGGGUGAUGCACUUUUAUUUUCUUGCCUGUUAAUCAUAUACCACUCAUUGGUUAAUGCACAUACUUUCUGUUUCUGCAAAACAGUCUCCAUUAUAAACUUAUUUGAUUUCAAAAAGGUAUAUUGCUAGAGAUUUUGAUCAGACAGUUCAAUCAGAGCAAUCAGUGUUUUCAUUUCCUUCCAUUUUAUAUGUGAAUGCUGAGAUUCUUUGCAAUGGGUUUCCUUUACCAUCUAUAUUUUGCCCUUUUGCUUCUGGCUUGUUCCAUUGCUGCUCGUGUGAUUCCAGAAGUAGAAGUAACAGUGCCAGAACUUCUUGCAGGAUCCAAUGGGAAAAUGACCUUGCGAUUUACUGCACUAGGCAGAGAUAUAGCGCUCCAUUUAGUUCCUGAUGAUGCUUUUCUUGGACCAAGGAUGCAGAUCAAACAUGUAGGUAGAGAUGGUGGGACUCAGACAAGCAUGGAUGGGUUGAGGACCUGUUUUUAUUCUAGUAUGGAACCGCUGGCAGCUGUCAGUCUGUGCAAAGGUGUUCAGGGUGCCUUUAUGCAUGGAAGUGAUAGUUAUGUUAUCCAGCCCAGAAAAGGAUUUAGAGGUCAGGAGAAACUUGGUCAACACUUGGUAUUCAAAGCACAGAAUAGGAACACAAGUUGGCAUGUUAAAUCUCCAGAACCUGCAGAGGACUUAAACAACCAGGACUGGGCAAAGUAUGAUCUAAAUACUAAAGACACUAAAAGAAACAACCCCACAUUUGCCCAAAAAGGAAGUGAAAUUGGGAGCGCUCAGAACUUGGAAGAAAACUCUGACAUAUGGGCCAUCCAUGACAUAUCAAACAGCGAUGUAAAGGGAGAGGCAGUUCAUCCAUUUCGACAUCGGAGGUUUGUGUCCGAGGAUCGAUUUGUAGAGAUUUUGCUGGUGGCAGACAAUACAAUGGUUCAGUUUUAUGGAGAUGAUUUAGAGCUCCAUCUUCUGACACUGAUGUCAGUGGCAGCUCGAAUCUACAAGCACCCAAGUUUGAGGAACUCUGUGACUCUAGUAGUGGUGAUGGUCAUACUUGUGGAAGAUGGUGGGUCUGGACCAGAUGUCUCAGAUAAUGGAGGACUAACUCUUCGUAAUUUUUGUAAAUGGCAACAGAAUUUCAAUCCAUCAAGUGAUCGCAAUCCUGAACACUAUGACACUGCCAUUCUCCUUACCCGUCAGGAUAUUUGUGGACAUGAGAGCUGUGACACACUAGGAGUGGCUGACAUUGGAACAGUGUGUGAUACGAGCAAGAGUUGCUCUGUGAUUGAAGAUAAUGGACUGCAGGCUGCUUAUACCCUUGCCCAUGAACUUGGUCAUGUCCUUAGCAUACCCCACGACAACUCCAAAAACUGUGAGAAGUAUUUUGGAGAGCUUGGAAGGCACUACUUGAUGGCUCCACGUUUGCAGCUUAACAAAACUGUACCAUGGUCAGAAUGCAGUGCUAUGCACCUAACUGAAUUCUUUGACAGUGGACAUGGAGAUUGUCUGUUGGAUGCACCAUCCAAAUCAAUGGAGCUUCCCGAUGGACUUCCUGGAACAUCAGCCCAAUAUGACUUGGACAGCCAGUGUCGUCAAGUAUUUGGAAAAGAAUUUUCUCACUGUCCCAAAACACUGGAGAAAGAUAUUUGUUCUCAGCUCUGGUGUCGAAUCCAGGAGAAAAACGAGUGUUUUACUAAAAAUGAAAGCUUGCUUUGGGCAGAUGGAACUCCAUGUGGUGUUAAGCACAUGUGUUGGGAUGGGGUUUGUCUUACAGAAGACAUUGUUGUGAGACCAAAGGUACCAGUGGAUGGCAAUUGGGGUAGCUGGGGUCCAUGGGGAGAAUGUUCAAGGACCUGUGGAGGAGGUGUGCGUUUUUCGUACAGGGAUUGCAAUGAUCCAGUGCCACAAAAUGGAGGAAAGUACUGCAAGGGCCAAAGAGCCAUGUAUGAAUCAUGUAACAUACAAGAGUGUCCUGUCAAUGAGCUGAGCUUCAGAGAAGAGCAGUGUAUGAAAUAUAAUAGCUAUAACUUUACAGAUGAAGAAGGAAAUCUUCUGCAAUGGAUUCCUAAGUACUCAGGUGUAUCAUAUCGGGAUCGUUGUAAACUAGUUUGCCAGGCACGUGACCGAAAUGAAUUCAAAGUAUUCCAGUCUAAGGUUGUGGACGGAACACUCUGUGAGCCAGAGAGUUUGAAAGUGUGUGUGCAGGGCCAGUGCAUCAGUGCAGGAUGUGACCACAUCUUAGGUUCCUCCAAAAAACCGGACAAAUGUGGAGUAUGCGGAGGAGAUGGAUCAAGCUGCAGAAAAAUAACUGAUUCAUUUAAUAAGUCAAAAUAUGGAUACACUGACAUUGUCAGCAUACCAGCCGGGGCCACUAAUAUUGACAUCAAGAAGCGUAGUCAGCGUGGUGGUAUCUACGAUGGCAACUAUCUAGCAAUCAAGAAAGCAGAUGGUAGUUAUCUGCUACAUGGGGAUUUUGCUGUCACAUAUAUGGAACAAGACCUGCAUUUAAGAGGAAUUGUCUUGAAAUAUAGUGGAUCUCUGACCACGCUAGAAAGAAUUAGGAGCUUCUAUCCUUUGCCUGAAUCAUUGACAAUUCAACUACUAUCAGUCCUUCCAGACACUCUCCCCCCCAAAGUGAAAUACACAUUUUUUAUCCCCAAAAAUCUUUCAUAUGCAAAGACAAAAGCAAAAUUAUCUCAUCAUUCACUCCGGCCAUUGUUAACAUCUCAGUGGACUUUAGGGGACUGGUCUCCGUGUUCCAAGAGUUGUGGUUUUGGCUGGCAACGACGGACAGUAGAAUGUCAAGAUGUGGAGGGUGGAUCAUCAGACCAGUGUCCACAGGAACUAAGGCCAAUAGAUAUUCGACCAUGUGGGGACUUGCCCUGCCCAAUUUGGAGAGUAGGUGGUUGGUCACCUUGUUCUCAAAGCUGUGGGGAAGGUCUGAGAUCACAAAGGAUCUUUUGUAUGGACUAUACAGGCAGAGAAACAGAGGAAGAGAAGUGUGACCCAGGAAAACGUCCUACAAAGUCAGUGACCUCCUGUAUUUUGGAGGAGUGCUAAGACUGUCAAUAUAAGGAUAUGUAUGGAAGACAUCAUAAGGGCAGCUACUAACACAAGUCCUACUACUACUGAUUGGGGAUGAAAUCAGAUUGACAAAGCACAAGCACAGACAUGUGAUUACAGUUCAUUUCUUUUAGGACCAAUGACUAUACAGCAAAACAUACUGUACCUACACUGAGCAAAAUAAAAGAAAAAUGAUUUUAUUAUAGUUAUAUAAAAACUUUACAUCCUCAAAUUCAGUUUAAGGAUAUAUCAGAGAACUUUCUUGAGAAAGCAUCUUGCAUUGCUGAUAUACUUUAUUACUGCAUCACAUUACUGCACUGGUCUCUUUCAAUCUAGAAUGAUGCACAAAAGCAUUGCAUGCCUUUAGAGCAUUACCUGCUAUUGUUCUACAGCAGCAACUGAAGAGGCUGUGCACUAUAUCCCAACAGCAAGAUGAGCCCUGAUUUAACAACUAACAGCAAACUGAAACAUGUGGUGUUUCAGAUAUAAGCUAGGAAUCUACCUCAAUAGGGAAAUACCAAACCUUCUGCAUUAUAAUGUUUGUAAUGACUUUGCAGUUGAGAGGUCCUUUGCCGCAAAAUUGGUGUAUGUUGUGUUGUCUAUAAAUAUUUUUGUAUCCAUUUGAGCAACAUUUGCAUUUUUCUUUUUAUGAGAACAGCACGGCAUUAACUUUUCAGGUCUCAAUGAUAAUCUUCAAAUGGACAAAAAGUGACCUGUCACCACUGAAGCUUUCCAAAGACAUAAAAAUAGCUUCUAUAAGCAGUUCAUUUUCUUGGUAUUCUUUGCUUUCACUAAUUUGGGCAAGUCAGUUUAAGCAAAAUAGUUAUUUGUAUGUAUGUUUAUUGAGUACCUAUGGGCAGCUAGAUGGAAUGAAUGAUAGCAAUAAUUGGUCAAUGCCUCAGAAUGUGUUUUUGCUCUACUGAUGUACUGUAAUUUAUAUUAUUUCGAUGUAUUACACAAAACCCUCAC